AUGGCAUUCUCGUCUGCAGAGGAUGUGAGCACCAUCCUUCUGCAGGUCAACGCCCGCAUUGUUAGCGAAGGGCCUUUGACGCACACCUUCCGGCCUGACAGUUUCUCACAGGUCGAGGUGAGAAUCAACACCGCCGUGCUGGUGGGCAUACUUCUCUUUUUUUGCUUGGCGCUGAUCCAUGAGCUCUUCGUGGGAGCAGGAGGGAAGCCGCUCUUAGCAAGGAGGGAUGGCAGCAACUCAACUCUGCUCCAGCUUGGCUUCUUGAUUGGCUGGUUUGUGCCGUAUGUCACCAAGUCGUUAUCGAUACCUAUUUCGCUGGAUUACGCGCUGGCUAUGGGAGAGUCCGCCACCGCAAGCGGAGUAAUGAUCGGGAUCAUGCCAGUGGGUGCACUCAUCGGAACCUUGGCUGGGCAGAGAUUCACCAACGAACAGGACUGGGACCAACGCCAUGCUCGCAAGGUCUUUGUCUUCUGCUACGGACUUAAUGUGUGUUUCAUGCCGGCCAUUGCUUUGGUCAUCCAGUCCUGCAUCGGAUGGAAUGUAGAGGCCAAGCGCAUGGUUUUUUGGCUUGUGGUCUUCCUGAUUUUUGUGGCCAAUGUGCUUGGUGGUAUGAUCAUGAUUCCGCAGUGCACCAUGUGGAAUCUGGUUACUCCCCACGAUGACAAGACGUUUUGGUCGAUGCUGACCCAGUGUUCCAAAAACUGCGGCCUCAUCGCGGGUCCGAUUUUCUUUGCCGCGCUGAGCCGCUUCGUUCGGGGAAGCUACGCCAGUGACGCAGUGUCUCCAAUCAGCAUGAUGAGCUGGGUAUACAUGGGCAUGUUCUUUGUCCAGGCCGCUGAGUUAGUGACAGUCGCCGCCAUCCUUCCCACUCAAAUUCCGGAUCCGAGUCCUCAGGAUAUGAGUCCUCAGGCGAGUGAGGACAAGUGCAAUGCAAAGGAUGUUGAGCCCGAGAGCUGGAGCGAAGAAGCACGUGAGCAAAUCGUGUGGAACAUGGUGUACUAUGCCUAUGAGCGAUGCUUCUCCAUCUCCGCAAUAGAGGUGGCCACCAUAAUGCUCUUAGAGGUUUCCUACGGCUGGAGCCCUGAGUUCAGUGGAGCCUCCUUCACGGUCAUUGCUUGUGGCAGCCUCUUCAUGACAUGCUUCUCCGCCCUUCUCAUGUCCUGGAAGCUUGUGGAUGAGCCUUUCAUUUUUUUGAUGAUGGCCGGCCUGGGCGCAUGGGGUGCCAUUCUCUUCUUCGACCUUCACCUCGGCGCUGCUAGCCUGCUGCUUGCUGAUGUCAUCGUCUAUGGUGGGGCCAGCGUUGCAAACGGCAUAGGUGAGGGAUGGGCCUGCCGGGCAGCAACCAAAGGUACAAGCUUUGACAUCGCAAUGUACCGUAAGCAUAGCACGGCUGGCACUUGCAUCACCCGCUUCUUGGGCCCAGUGGUGGCUCGGUAUUUGAUAGAUUUCGGCGGCCGGAAUGUCUACGCGGUUGUGCAGUUCUUCCUGUGCUUGCUGGCAGCCAGAAGCGUGUAUCGCACCGUCUCAAUGGUUUGGGCAUCAAGGGCUUGA